AGGCUUUCCCCCGUCCUCCUCUGAACCUGACCGCUCAUCAUGGCUCCUCGUUUCCUCACAAACCUCAUCCCUCGCAAGGAAAAACGUGAGGAGGGCAGACCGCUCCUCCAGGUGUUGCGGACGCUGACCUGGAUACAAUGGGGUCACUUCUUCUCUGGCUGGCUGGCAUGGACGUGCGAUGCCAUCGAUUUCUUCAGUGUCUCACUCAGUGUGACCCACCUGAAGACCCAAUUCAAUCGAGAGACGUCAGAUAUCACGACCGCCAUUACGCUCACACUUCUUCUGCGAUCUGCAGGAGCUGUCAUUUUUGGAAUCCUCUCCGACCGUUUCGGUCGAAAAUGGCCUCUUGUUGGUAACUUGCUCGUGGUUGCUCUACUGGAACUCGGAUCCGGUUUCGUGAACGACUUCCAUGCUUUCCUCGGUGUGCGAGCGCUUUUCGGUAUUGCCAUGGGUGGAAUAUGGGGUCUAUCAGCCUCGACCGCUUUGGAAAAUUUGCCGGUUGAAGCUCGUGGUCUGGCCAGUGGUAUCUUGCAACAAGGAUAUGCCGUGGGUUACCUCCUGGCUGCAGUCAUAAAUCUGCAACUUGUUCCCGACGUUGCAGCCGGCUGGCGCGCGUUGUUCUGGACUGGUGCUGGUAUCUCACUCUUCGCCGCCUUCAUAAGAAUGAUCCUGCCGGAGAGUGAAAUAUUUUUACGUGCAAAGGCAAUCGAGAAGGCGAGAGGUCACACUACCACUAACAAGACCAGGGUAUUCGCUCAUGAAACAUGGGUUAUGUUGAAGACACAUUGGCUACUUUGCAUUUACGCUGUAUUGCUCAUGACCGGUUUCAACUUCCUCUCGCACGGAUCACAGGACCUAUACCCGACGUACCUUCAACAGUCGAAGGGCUUCACUGACCACAACGCAACAGUUGCAACUAUCAUUGGGAACUGCGGUGCCAUUGCUGGUGGUGCUAUUGCAGGAUGGGUUAGCCAAUACAUCGGGCGUCGUCUCACAAUCGUAAUCUUCGUGCUUCUUAUUGGGGCUUUCAUUCCACUUUGGAUUCUACCAUCCUCAUUCGCUGGUCUCGCUGCGGGUGCUUUCUGCAUCCAAUUCGGUGUACAGGGAGCAUGGGGUGUUAUUCCAAUCCAACUGGCUGAGAUGUCCCCACCGGCUUUCCGUGCCACCUUCCCCGGUGUCGCAUACCAGCUUGGUAACAUGGUUUCUUCCGCGUCUGCACAAAUCGAAGCCACCGGAGGUAAAAAUCUAAGGACGACGAUCCCAGGCAAAGAGGGUGACGUUCCGGAUUACGCGACUGUGCAAGGUAUCCUCAUGGGCGUAGUUGCCGCCUUCGUAUUAAUUAUUACUAUUAUUGGCCCUGAAAACCAUGGUUCUCACUUCGAGAAAGCCAAAGCCGCGUUCGAGGAAGGUGCAGGCCGCGAUGAGCUUGUGGAAGACGUUGAUGAGCCUCAUGGUAGUCGCUCGCCCUCACCGCCGACGAGUAUACGUGAACAGGAUGUCAAGGAAAAGACAAGCACUGACAUUGCUGCUGUUUAAUUGUGGAUCGACCGAGGUGCGGUUGAGAUGCGAUGGCGAACUGCUGGUGUAUGAUUGUUACGAACUCGAACUGCUUUACGACGCUGCCAUGUAUUGUUACACGAUUUCGUGUUUCUUGGUGUGUAUUGUUAUAUGACUGCUAUUUGAAUGCCCAUUUCCUUCUAGCUGCUUUGAUUAAGCCUUACGAUUGGUGUGUUACUCAGAGGUAAUUUCUGAAUUCAAUCCAACAUACUCAAG